AUGGAUUGUAGCUGCGUGUCUGACAUCCUCCUGACUCCAUCUAUGCCAGCUCUAUGGACUCCAGGGUUUGCCUUUCCCGAUUGGGCCUACAAGCCGGAGUCCAGCCCGGGAUCCCGACAGAUCCAGCUCUGGCAUUUCAUUCUGGAGCUUCUACAGAAAGAGGAGUAUCACGAUGUCAUCGCCUGGCAGGGGGACUACGGAGAGUUUGUCAUCAAGGACCCCGAUGAGGUGGCGCGGCUGUGGGGGAUCCGGAAAUGCAAACCACACAUGAACUACGACAAGCUGAGCCGGGCACUCAGGUAUUAUUAUAACAAGCGGAUUCUCCACAAGACUAAAGGAAAGCGUUUCACCUACAAAUUUAACUUCAGUAAGGUCGUGCUGGUGAAUUACCCUCUGCUGGAUAUGGCCAAUUCUUCUCUGCUACUUGGGCAAAGCCCCUUCCCCGGAGCCCACUCACACGACCCCUUUACCCCAGAGGCUCUGCAGUCUCUUUUCUCGCCCACCGGACGCUCACCGCUUCUGGAUCGCCCGCUCGCCGCUCCGGACACCGACAAACUCCGCUUAGAAGCCGCAUUCCCUUUCCUAAGCUCUGGUACCAGUUACACAAAGCCACCAGCAUUAUUGCCUCCCUACAAUCGCAGCACCCCAUUUCCAGACUACCCUUGGGGAUUUAACCCAUACCUUUCCGGCACGUUCCCGCUUACCAACUCCAAACUGCCCACCUCACUCUACCCUCCACAAUUCUACCCCGGCUCCCUCUCCCAAAUGCCCCCUCCAGUCUCUCUGCUCCCAGGAGACUCUAUGGACAGAGCAUCCAGUCUUCUGCAAGGGAUCCCACAAAGGAUCUGCAACAGCCUGAACCCCCACUUCAUACCACCCAGAGGCAGCGGAGAAUUAGGGGGUGCAGCAGCGGCAAGGAGGGAGAGGGUCGAACCAGAAGGAAAACAGGAACCAGAGUCCGACUCUGAUCUGGAAAUUACGGACGUGAGCGACUGCAGCUCGGAAGCAGAAGGGUGCGGAUUCAGCCCCCCCUGCCCUGGACCUUCUGUGGCCAAAGGACAAGCAGAGCGACCUAAAGAGGAGGGCAAAACUGCAUCGGAACUGGCAACUAAUCCCUCCAGCUAG